AUGCCUUUUUGUAAACGCACGAUAUUUCCGAAAGAUGUGUGCAAGCCCGACGGCAAGAGGCUGCAGCACCAGCAGCAGCAGGAGCAAGGGGAGAUUUUCGGGGACUUGGCGGACGUGUGCAGCUUCACCCUGUGCUCGGUGCUCCGACAGCUCUCGGAUUUGUCCCGGCACUCGGUGAGCAUCCUGGAGGAGCUGGAGGGAGACCUUGUGUCCAUCUGCCACCGGUCCUGCGCGCUGGAGGGCAGAGUGGUCCGACUGCAGAGGCACGUCGCAGAGCUGUUCAGCAAACCUCCACCGAGAAAGUUUGAGGAGCAGUUGUACGACACCAAGCUGACCGGUCAGACUUUCCGGCAUCCGUCCUCACAGAGCUCCGACGACACGUCCACCUCCCUCAGCCGCUCGCCCAUCUCCCUCAACAACAAGAGGCCCGACUUCAUCUUUCUGCCAGCAUCAAAGCAGCUCUACGAAGAUGAAACCACCUCCUCUGUGUUUGGUCUGAGGUCUGUUACCGACCUAUCUCCAUCCCCGUCUCCAUCCCCCUGCAGCUCAGACCGGCCCCCUCUAGGCUGGAGCAGUAACAACAGUAGCAGCAGUACUGCCACGUCGGCCACAACUGGACCGCCAGUCGCCGAAAAACCUCGCUGGCACCUGGGAAGACGCACACCGGCGCACUACUUACCACUCGACGUCACAGGUACAAAGACGAAAUGCCCAAAAUAG